AUGAUUUUCGAUUUUGCCGAACAGCCUGUGAAUGCCUCACGGCUGAUUCAUCAAGUGCUUCAUGACGCUUUCAUGGUUUCGGAGCUCGGCAAUUACACGGCCGCCGUUGCAGUUCUUGACAAACCACCGGCAUGGCAAACUUGGGGUGUUGGAUUUGCGAUAGUUUCUGGAUGUAGUUUUUCGGCGCCGCUGGGAAUUCUCCUUCUACCGUGCUUCUCAAAAUCACUGUACGAACGAAUCAUGACAUUCCUGGUGGCUGUUGGAAUUGGCGCUCUAUCGGGUUCCACUAUCUUCAUAAUGUUGCCACAAGCGUUUCAUCUUGGAGAAUUUGAGCAUAUGGAUUAUCACACAAAAUCAUUGAUUAUUCUAUGCGCUUUAUACGUGUUUUUCACAGUAGAUCGCAUACUACAAUACAUUUUAGAGUUCAGGAGACGACGUCAGACAAAACGCAGAAUUCAUGCCUCUACAAUAGCAUCAAUUAUGAAUACACCGAACAUGAAAAGAAAAGAAAAUGGGUUUAAGGAAGAAAAGGAAAAAGUUGAAUCAAUUGAUAAUAACACAUUAAAAGUUCCGGAGUUCAAUCAUAACAAGCUAACCAGAAAAGAUUCGGAAAAAUCGGAAGCCGAAAAAUCGGAAAUUCAUGAAAAGGAGCUUGCUGAAUUAGCGAAUGAUUUGGAAAUUGCACUAACUAAUAAUGUAUUAGCCAGAACGUUUUCCACUCGGCGAAGGGUGGCGGUUGUUAGCAGCGGAUUGGAUGAGAUUGAAUUCCGAACUCAGAAAAAUGCAGCACAUGUUCCGAUUCAACAUCAAGGCAAUAAUGCGUCACAGUUUUUGGACGCUGUGAACAAUGAAUUCCAGAAGAGGAUCACUCCAUUGUCAACAAGACCUUCUAGUCCAGUCCAUUUAGAGGACGGAAAAGAGCAUGUCGAAAUGCAAAAUAAGACGAAUGACGAAGAUUCAAUGUCGGUUUCGAUCAGAGUUGUUGAAAAGAAAGUGAUCGAGCCGGCAGCAAUGGAAGUCGCUUCUGUCGCCUAUAUGAUUAUAUUCGGAUCGUCGGCCAAUAAUUUCGUCGACGGAAUGUCCAUGGGAGCUGCUUUUUCAGACAAUUUACUUCGGGGUCUUAGCAUCGGAAUUGCAGUCAUUUCUCAGCAAUUUCCACAGGAACUUGGUACAUUGGCAAUCCUUGUGAAAUCUGGCUUAGGUCUCAAAAAGACCUUACUUUUCAACAUGGUGCCAAUUGUAUUGAGUUUCCUCGGAUUUUCAAUCGGAGUCUUGCUUGACAACGUCGAUGAUUCAUAUGACGAAUACAUUUUCGCAAUAUCAUCUGGAAUGUACAUGUAUAUUUUCCUAGGAACACUGAUUCCGGAAAUUCGUGAAUCCACAAAUGAGCUGAUUAAAGAGAAUCUCCGUGAGAGCAUUGUUGUCUCUUUCCUUCAAGCAUUUGGCAUAUUAUUCGGCACAACAUUUAUGUACUACAUGAGCCGAUUCAAUUCAAUCAGUUUUUAA